CAAUGAACCAAAUUAGGUCCACUGAUGCAGUCUCCCAACUACAGAGCCGAUGAUGGAAUGCAGACGACACAAGCCGAGAUCCUCCAAUGUUGAUAUCCGUCAAAUAUGGGGGACAUUUCGCGACGCAACAACCAGUGGGCGAACAUUCAUUCAUCUGAACGAAAACUGGUGCAUCUGGCUGGAGCCCCCUUCUUGCUCUGCAGCUGACGUCUUGGAAUUCAACGGCUGCGGCCAAGCGUGGUCUAGGACUCUUAGCACCUUUCGAUAUCAAGAGGGAAAACCGAGAUCAGCAGCCAAAAUCGCAUUCUGGAACCGUCAUGGUGCGGAACGACUCUUGAGAUUGGUUGCUCGGGGCGGCUAUGGUAUCAACAAUCGGCCGCAAAUGGCGUGGAAUCAGCUCUUCGAAAAGACCCCAUACAGUCUCCCAUCUCAGCCGUGUGUCAUGGACACAAUCGGACUUGCAAGUUUCGUCUACGAGGGGGUAUUGCGCUGUUCUUCAACCACAUAUGCGUUUAACAGACUGAAACAGGGGAAAUAACGUGCAUCAGAUGGAUUGUCGAGUUUAUCUUGCGCAAGCGGAAAUAGCUUUCAUGGCACUAGGGUAGGAACACGCUACUGAUGCGUAUGUGGCGUGGGCUGGAG